ACAGAGAGACAAUAGGGCAACAGCAGUCGCUCUGUCGGAGGUGUCCAAGAACCAACACUAUCAAGGCUUUAAAUAUAUAUAUAACAGAGAGGAGAGCUGAUAUGCAUUGCUGAUGGUCUUGUUUUAAACAUUGACCACGACGGAAUGACAGCGGGGUGUUUCGCGUCAUUUUCCCCCUAAAAGAUUUUUAAAUCAUCGCCGUUGUCGUGGUAACCGGCCUCUCUCUGUCUCUGGAAUAAUGAGCUCCUCACCUCACAUGUCCCGUUCCUCUAUUGACAUCCUGGAAGAGCUGCAGCUCAUCACUGCCGAGAACCUGGAGAAGCUGGACUUUAAUAAAUACUAUGAGGUCAUCAGGGAGCUUGGGAAAGGCACCUACGGCAAGGUGGACCUGGUCAUACACAAGAUCAGAGGCACGAAAAUGGCCCUGAAAUUCUUGCGAAAGAAAACCACGAAGCUGAAGAGUUUCCUUCGCGAGUACAGCAUCUCUCUUUACCUGUCACCCUGUCCUUUCAUCAUCAACAUGUUUGGCAUUGCCUUCGAGACUGAUGAAUACUACAUCUUCGCUCAAGAGUAUGCGCUGGCAGGCGAUCUCUUUGACAUCAUACCUCCGCAGGUGGGACUGCCGGAGAACGUUGCCAAGCGGUGUGUGCACCAGGUGGCGAUUGCUCUGGAUUACCUGCACUGCAAGAAGCUGGUGCAUCGUGACAUAAAGCCAGAGAACGUCCUCAUCUUUGACAAGGAUUGCCGGAAGGUGAAACUCUCAGACUUUGGCAUGACGAGGCGCGCCGGCUCUCCGGUGAAGCGGGUUAGCGGGACCAUCCCGUACACGGCGCCAGAACUGUGCGACCCCGGUCGACAGGAGGGCCUGUGCGUGGACUACAGCACCGACGUGUGGGCCUUUGGCGUGCUUCUGUUCUGCAUGCUCACCGGGAACUUCCCAUGGGAGAAAGCGUUGCCGUCCGACGCCUUCUACGAGGAGUUUGUGCGCUGGCAGCAGCGGCGGAGGCGGUCCAGCGCAGUGCCUUCGCAGUGGCGUCGUUUCACUGACGAUGCGCUCCGCAUGUUUCGCUGUCUGCUGUCCAUCGAGCAGGACCACCGAUGCUCCGUCAAAGAAGUCUUUAGCUACUUCAGCCACUGCUGGAUGCUGGACACGGAGAACGGGAACACGACACACGCCUCGGGCGGGAACUGCAACGGCGGCGCGGUGAUGAACGGCCGUCAGGCUGAGCUUAGCUCCUCUUCCUCUGAAGAAGACGAGUUGGUGGACCGAUUGAAGCAACAGAGCUUGUCGCCUGUAUGUGGGGUUGCUAAAGGGAUCGUGAUGGAGCCGGUGAUGGCGCACUUCUCCUCUACAUCCACCAACAGCUCGGCUUCCUCCAAUGGCGGCUAUGAGCGUGUCUCCCGUGACAGCAAUGGCAACAGUGGUCGAAUCCUGGUCACAACGCCAAUUGAAAUAUGCGUGUAGAGAGGUCACUUGAAUUAACCUACCUUGCACAAGUACUUGGGAUCACUAGAUGACAAUAAGGACUCAAGUCCUUGCGAAGCAUCAUUAGGAAAAGUGCGUACAAGUGCUCCAAGAGCAUCCCAAGGAGAGUUGACAGCGUGAAACUGUUCCCGAUGAAGAGUAUCUCUGAGGGAACGUGUUAGACAAUCGACUAAGCCUGCUGAUUGUGCAUCAACCAUGUUUUCCACGUAUAAUUAGACCAAAACGACAUUGACAACUUUGGAAGAAUUGGGGAAAAAACUCUUCUAUGGAAAUAUGGAGCAAUAUGUUGACUUUUUUGGCGUGAAAAUGAUUGGAAAGACUGGUUGGAAAAAACGGCUAAAGUGGAGACUUAACGUGGUUUCAGAAGCACAGUUGGAGCUGUGUUGGUAUUGUUUCGUGCUUGUGUAUCCCUGUGGUCGGUCAGUGGAUAUGACUUAUUGAUUACUUUAUACGUGUGUUGUAUUAUUCAUUUAGGUCUUGGCCUUUUUGUUAUUUAUUUAAUACUGUAGCAUUACAGUGUUUAAAUAUAAUAUUUUGGAGAAACCACACUGUCAAGUCUCAGUUUGCUCUCUAUUAAUCUGAAACUAGCAAAAAAAAAAAAAAACUCACUUAAUUGCAGGAAACUGAAA